AUGUUUUAUGUUAAAUUAAUUGUAUUAUUUUUAAUUACUGCUUGUUUAGGUGAAGAAUUUAUAAAGUUAAGAGAUAUUGAAAAUAAUGUAUAUGUUAUUAAUGCAAGUAUAUCAGAAGCUUUGGGUUACGAAUAUAAUUCAAAAAUUGAUUUUUCAUCAGUUUGGUCUGGUUUAACUGAUUCAAAUAUAUCAAAUGUUAAAAAUAUAAAAUUUAUUGGUGAUGAAACAUUUGAAGAAUUGAAUGAUAAAUUUUUAACAUUAAUUUAUGGCGGUAACUAUUCUAGUGUUAAACAAGAUGACAUUAAUAGAACUUUGUUUAAGAUUUAUAAAGAGUUGAGUGAAAAUGUAUCAGAUCAUAAAUACAAAACCUAUAAAGAAGCAGUCGAGAAAGAAUUGAAAGGUAAUAAUGAACAAACCAAAUUUAAAUUAAUCUCACAAUCAGUUGAAUCUAAAUUAGGUGGACUUUAUCAACAUUUAAAAAAUUUAAUUGUUUGA